CCCGUAGUCGCUGUAACCCUGAUCAUAACAAACCGAUUCAAUGGAGUGCUGUGAGCUGGAAUAAAAUAUCAAUAAAAAAAUGCCGGAGAUCAAAGUAACACCCCUUGGUGCGGGGCAGGAUGUGGGUCGGAGCUGUAUCUUAGUCACAAUAGGUGGUAAAAACAUCAUGUUGGACUGUGGAAUGCACAUGGGAUACAAUGAUGAUCGACGCUUCCCAGAUUUUUCUUAUAUCACUGAUGGCCCACUGACUGAUUACUUGGACUGUAUUAUUAUCAGCCACUUCCAUCUUGAUCACUGUGGGGCUCUGCCCUACAUGACAGAAAUGGUGGGGUACAAUGGGCCCAUCUAUAUGACACAGCCCACCAAAGCUCUUUGCCCUGUGCUCUUGGAGGACAUGAGGAAGGUUGCCGUGGAGAGGAAAGGAGAGACAAACUUUUUCACAUCUGUGAUGAUCAAAGACUGCAUGAAGAAGGUUGUUACUGUUACACUUCAUGAAACAUUGCAGGUGGACAGUGACUUAGAAAUAAAGGCCUAUUAUGCUGGACAUGUACUGGGUGCAGCUAUGUUCCACAUCAGAGUGGGUUCGCAGAGUCUUGUAUACACAGGGGACUACAAUAUGACUCCUGAUCGGCACCUGGGAGCAGCAUGGAUAGACAAGUGCAGGCCAGACCUCCUUAUCUCAGAGUCAACAUAUGCCACAACAAUCCGUGACUCUAAACGUUGCAGAGAACGUGACUUCCUAAAAAAAGUUCAUGAUGCUGUAGAUAGAGGAGGCAAAGUCCUGAUUCCAGUGUUUGCCCUUGGUCGUGUGCAAGAGUUGUGCAUUUUACUUGACACCUACUGGGACCGCAUGAACCUGAAAGUUCCCAUCUAUUUCACCAUGGGUCUGGCUGAGACUGCCAAUAAAUACUACAGAAUGUUUAUAACUUGGACAAACCAGAAGAUCAGACGCACAUUUGUCCAUCGGAACAUGUUUGAUUUCAAGCACAUCAAGCCCUUUGACAAGUCUUACAUGGAUAACCCAGGUCCUAUGGUUGUGUUUGCCACUCCUGGUAUGUUGCAUGCAGGCUUGUCACUCGCUAUCUUCAAGAAAUGGGCCUCAAAUGCUAAUAAUAUGGUUAUUAUGCCUGGUUACUGUGUCCAAGGAACAGUAGGCCACAAGAUUCUGAAUGGUGCUAAGAAGAUUGAUUUUGAGAAUAGAACAAGUGUUGAGGUGAACCUUACUGUUGAGUACAUGUCCUUUAGUGCCCAUGCUGAUGCCAAAGGUAUCAUGCAGUUGAUUCGCCACUGUGAGCCCAAAAAUGUAAUGUUGGUGCAUGGAGAAAAUGCGAAGAUGGAGUUCUUGAAGCAAAAGAUCAUGCAGGAGUUCAACAUCAACUGCUACAAGCCAGGGAAUGGUGAGACGUCAAUCAUCCCUGUGUCCAUUGAUCUAGACGUGGAAGUGUCACUCCCUUUACUGAAGCACACAAUGGCCCUCCCUACCUCUUCCUCAUCCUCCUCUUCCUCCUCUUCCUCCUCCUCUUCUUCCUCCUCAUCCUCUAGAGGCAACAACACGGAAGAAAAUCGAACAAAGAAGCAGAAGGUCCUGCAUGGGGUCCUCAUUAUGAAGAAUAAUAAUUUGAGAAUCGUUGGGGUAAAUGAGGCCUGGGGAGACCUUGGUGUAACUGCACACAAUCUAAGGUUCACGGAGAGAAUUGAAGUGGACGAAACUGGCCCUGUUCCUGCUCUCACCUCAGCAUUACACACUCUGUUGUCUCAGAAAUUAGGCAGUUCUCAAGUGCAAGCUGUCAAUGAGUUCCAGCUUUCCGUUGCUGAUUCAGUGUUCAUUAAUAUCCAAGAUGAUGAACCUGGGAAGACCAUCUUACUCUCGUGGACUCAUCAAGAUGAAGGACUUGGCAGCAAGCUCUUGGACAUUAUAAAAAGCAACUAUAAGAAGUCCUGAAAACAGUGAACAAGGAUAAAAGGAUUGUAUAAGAUUGUUUUUUUUACAUUAGGUUAAGUCCUGUGUACAUGUGACCAUUUUCGUUCUUGUAAGGUCAUGGGAUAAUAUUGCAAUGUUUAUUGUCAUUAUCUUGUCUGCCCCUUUACAAAGUUGUUUAGAGUAUAGAUAUGAUUUUUUUCUGUAUGUUUUUUUUCUACAAGAUCUGCGAUCUCAGAAUUGUUCUUGAUAAGAUAAAUUAUGAACUGGGGCAAAAUUAAGUACAAGGCUGUUUUUAUAUUGAUUGGCCUAUAUCGGCUAUGGUGACCCAUUUUUAUACCAAGUAAAAACUGCUCAAAAAUAUAUAAAUUAUUCAGAAAUUCUCU